GAUGGUAUUUUGCUUGUAAACUGUCCCGAGUGCAAUCAGUGCUUUUCAAGACGGGAUGCGAUGUUGAGACAUAAACAUUACAAACAUGAUGGACAAAACAAUAAUGAUGCGCAUUCUCAGAUCAGUGAUACGUAUCUACCAUCACCACCGGUAUUGACUAGAAUGACACCACCACCACCACAGAAGGGUGAUAUGCCAUCAGUUCAAUACAGUGGGAUUUUUACACAAGGGGACGCUGCGACGACCACAGAAACAAAACCGGUGGUUUUACAACACCCCUCUACCAUGAUGAUAUCAGGCCCAACAGCGUGUGGUAAAACGACAUUUGUUAAGGACCUACUGCAACAUCACAAUACUAGAAUUCAGCCUACAGUUCACAGAAUAGUGUGGCUGUACAGAAGAUGGCAGCAAAUGUAUACAGAAAUUCAAAAGACAGUUAGCCCAGUGGUGGAAUUCUACCAAGGCAUUCCAUCCGACAUAAACGAAGACGAAUAUUUUGACACAAAGUUAAAUAAUUUGCUAAUUCUGGACGAUAUGAUGUCAGAGGCUGGAAAGGACAAAAGAAUCACGGAUUUGUUCACAGAGGGGUCUCAUCAUAGAUCUUUGUCGGUGAUUUCCAUCAAUCAAAACCUAUACGCUAGUAAGGAUCCGACACAGAGAAGAAACUGUCAUUACCUGGUAAUGUUCAAUAACCCGGUGGACAAACAAUCUAUGAUCACAUUAGCGAGGCAGAUGUACCCUGGUAAAAGUGAAUACUUUUUAAAGAAGUUUGAGAAAGCAACUAAACAACCCUAUGGUUGUCUAUUAGUGGAUCUUAAGCCAUUUACACCGGAACAUGCAAGAUUGAAAUAUGAUUUAAUGUGGAUAGACAGAAAAUCUACGAACAACGAAAGCCUUACAGAACUGACCAAUCAAAUGACAGAAUCAGAUCGAAAUUGUAUAAAAGGCAAGCAGCAGUCAGAUUUAAAUCAUUUGUCAGUCGGAAGUCAUACUGUGGACAUCGCAGGAUAUAAUUGUGAAAUUAUGGCUGAAAAUACAAAUGCUUGCGACGAUUGUGGACUUCUGUUCGACUCUUCGCACGAUGUACAGAGACAUGUAAAAAGGGGAGGGUGCGCAGAAUAUAACGACACUACGCAAUCAAAGAAAAGAAAAAUGGAAGACAGCAGUGAUGUCGAAAUGGAAGAUAACGUUGAAGAAAAUCAGGCUUAUCUAUCCCUCUGGAAAAAAGCUAUAGACUAUAACGACGAUAAAUACGACAAAUUGUAUAAUCAGUUUAUACAGGACGGAGAAGACGAGGAGUCUGCACAGGAAAUGACAGAAGAUCGUAUCCAGCCAUAUAAUGAACGCACAUUCUUCACAAAAUACGAGUAUCUGUUGGAUUCGUUUAUUCUGCCACUUCAAAACAGUACACUGCAUCAAAAGAUUUUAAAAGACAUACAUUCAUUGACACAGAAGAAUGUAAGCACUCAAUCGGCUAUUAAGCGUGUACUGCGAAAAUACAAGCCUGACUUUAAAGAACUAUUCGAGACAGAAUUGUCGGACGAGGAAAAUGAUGACGAAAGCGAGGAGGACGAGUCUGAUACUGGAUAAAAUACUUAAUGUAUAAACAUUUAUUUCAUUUAUGUUGUGGAUUUUGGAGAGUGCAGACAUGGCUCAAUGGGAAAACUAUUUAAAGAAAAUCUAUUUUGAUCCUUCACAUCCAGCGAGUUUCUCCGGACCACAAAAACUGUAUCAUGUGGUAAAAACGGAAGGAAAAUUUAACAUUGGGAUGCAUAGAAUCAGGAAAUUCCUUCAAAAUCAGGAACCCUACAGCUUGCAUAAACCUGUGAGAAGACGGUUUCAAAGAAACCAUGUGAUCAGUGCCGGAAAAGACGACCUAUGGAUGGCAGAUUUAAUUGAUAUGGUUAAGUUUGAAAAAUGGAACAAAGGAUACAAAUACAUACUGUUAGUUAUUGAUACAUUCAGCAAGUAUGUCUGGCUAAGACCUCUCAAACAGAAAACUUGAAAUGAUGUGACAGAGGCAUUUAAAGACAUCUUCAAAAAUUCAGGCCGCAUGCCAAAGAGAUUGAUAACUGACAAAGGUCAGGAGUUCAGAGCCAAAUUGGUACAAGAUCUGAUGAAAAAAUACAACGUCUUAUACUCGCCAACACAGAAUGAGACAAAGGCGAGCACGAGCGAACGUGCAGUACUGACAAUAAAAUCGAGAAUAAUGCGUUACUUAACCUACAAGGACAAUAACACAUAUUUACCAAUUCUUGAUGGCAUCGCGGAAAGCUAUAAUCAAACAUUUCACAGAACGAUUGGAAUGAGACCAGCCAGUGUAAAAGACGCUAACCAGGAAGAAGUGAGAUUAGCCACAUAUUUUGCACAAAAUCCGAGGAAAGGCAAAAUCAGCGCAAAACUAAAACCGUUCAAAUUUAAAAUUGGUGACUAUGUAAGGAUUACAUAUUUGAGAAAUGCGUUUACUCGUGCGUAUGAUCAAACGUACAGUGGAGAAGUGUUCCGAGUGUCAAAACGUUAUCUCAGAGGAACUUUGCCUGUAUACAGGCUGAAUGAUUUGCAAGAUGAAGAAAUUAAAGGAACAUUUUAUGAGAGUGAAAUGCAGAAAGUGAACUACGAUCCAGAUCACAGCUUUAAAAUUAACAGAAUUAUAAAGACAAGAGGAAAAGGACAAAAUAAGCAAUAUUUUGUACAAUGGAAAUAUUAUCCGAAGAAGUUCAAUAGCUGGGUGAAAACUAAUGACCUGCAGUGAUUUUUACAUGCAUAUUGUAUAUACAGAUUUUGAUUACUAAACAGAAGCUCUGUUGUUUAGCUUGUGUAUUGUAUUGUUUGUCUUGUAAAUAUCUUGUAAAUAAAUUGACAUAAACUAUA